ACUUGCUUUUCAGUGUGGUCUGAAGUUAGAGUUAUUCAUGUGGAGGAAUUGCUAGGUAACACACGAUCAGUAAGGUCUUUUCACACCAAAGUGUUUUGUGCAAAUUAAAGACUGUACAUGAAUGCUGUUCAAAAUGUGAAGGGAGCAUACCUAGGGUCGUCCUUCCUUUUAAAACUAAAUGUCUACGUGAGACUGCAUUUUCUUAAUAUAUACAACCAAAGCAGCAGAUUGAGUGUGGAAGUCAAUGGGAGAAGCCAGUUGUCUUUUAUCAAAGCAAGACAUUCAAGGAAGUGUGUUAAAGUAAAACAACACGACUUUUCCCAUUAAAUCUUUUGGAAAACCUAGAUAUUCAUAAAAAUAAGUUUAUAUUAAGAUAUAGUGGUUUUAUUGUAAUUUUUGAAUUAAGAAAUAGUUAUUACCUUUCCCCAUUUUAUUUCCUGAUAUGUUGACUGGGGACACAUACUAGUGACAGACUGAAGCCGGUCAGUACCAGUUGGAGAGAGUCCGUGUUGCUUGUCUCCACUUAACACCACAUUCCGAUGUCCGGUUGCUAGCUCCAGACCAGCCAUGUCAGGUGUAUUUACACUAUGGAAAUGGGCAGAAACUACAACUCUGGCUUUUUCCAGGGGUGGAAGGAGAGCUGACAAACUGGACACAACGCACAGAAACCAGAGUUCUCCGUGAUUCUCAAAAAGUUUAAGAUCUAAGUGACCCACAGUUCUGCUUAUCAUAGAAGAGUGACUGCUAAUUAUUAUGCAGACAUAACACGGUAGCCCGUGCUAAUAUAUGCUCCAACAGACUUUCAGCCAAGUGCUCUAGAAAGACUUUACCAGACCCUUCUUAUGCUGCCUUCCAACGAGAUUAACUCCAUGAAGGGAUUUGAAGUCAAACGCUGUAUCCUGCCCUUUGGCGUUCCCUCCAUGCUGAGCGCACAGGGACCGUCAGUACUUUGGGGGUUCACAAAAAUGGGGACUCACAGAAACUGGUCUGGAGUGAAUUUACAGAAGUCUUCAGGGAAGGAGGGAAGACAUGAGGUACAUCUGGAAGGUGUAUGGGCUGUGAGAAAGAAGCGUGUGCUAGAGGGAGAGGCAGGUAUGGUUGUGGUGUGAAGCCUUCCUUGGGAAAUAAUGAAGCAGAGGGAGUGGAAAGGAAAAUCAACUGAGGAUUUAGAACUUAACUGGACGGAGUAUAACCGACCCGAGGAUCCUGUGAAGGUGAAUAUGGCGCUGUAGGGAGAUGGAUCUGACAGGCCUGUGUAGACAAGCGGGGAGUGGGUCUGAAGCCAGGUAAACUUCUCGCAAUCAUCUGAAAGGAAGUUGAAGGAGAAGAACCUGGGCUUUGGUUUCAGGAAGAACUUGGUUACAAUCCCUCUUCUGCCACGCUUUUACUUUUAGUUCAGGGGUAAGAUGUAGAUAACUGACCGGGGUAGUUGAGGGGCGGUGUCCUAAGUAACACGAAGGGUGUGAAAGAAUUUGGUAUAGAUUAGAAGCGCCUACUGUGCUGUAUGCUAGGAUCUUCAGUGAGAGAUGCUGUUCAUGCUCCUUUUACUGCUAUGCCUCUGCACUACAUUGUAAUAAUCAUUGUUUGGUAGGUUCUCAUGAAGAUGGGAGCAGGGGAAAUUUGAGUGGAAGUAGCAUGUGGAAACCUGUUUCAUUCCUAACACGUGUGGAUAUAAGAAUGCAAAUGGAGCACACUCAUUAUAUCUCUGCAUACUUAAAUGCUGUGGAUUAGUUAACCAUUAAGUAAAAUACGCUCUGCCUCCUGAUUUGACCAGUACAGUUUUGUAAGGAGAUGGAUGACCAUUUAGAAUUCUCAGAUUUUUUAGGAGUUCUGUUCUAGAAUAUAGUGGCAAAGAGAGAACUGGCCUUCUGUCACCCUGCCCCUGUCCUGCAGUCCACCUCCUUUUUCCCAUCUCCUAGACUCUUCGCCGUAGCGAGUCCGCAUGCCCUACUCUUCGCAAGCCAGCUGUGUCUUGACCACCUCUUGGGCCUGGAGUCCCAGCACAGUUGAAGAAUAUAGCACAGUUGCAUCUGUAAUGAUGGCUCACUCAACUGGGAACAUCUCUCUGGAGACCAUCAUGCAGACAUCAGAGACCGGGUCGGACACAGGUUCGACAGUGACCUUACAGACCUCUGUGGCCAGUCAGGCAGCAGUGCCUACCCAGGUGGUGCAGCAGGUGCCCGUCCAACAACAGGUACAGCAGGUGCAGACUGUGCAGCAGGUCCAGCAUGUCUACCCAGCUCAGGUGCAGUAUGUGGAAGGAAGCGAUACUGUCUAUACCAACGGAGCAAUCCGAACAACAACUUAUCCUUACACAGAAACGCAGAUGUACAGCCAAAACACUGGAGGGAAUUACUUUGAUACCCAAGGGAGUUCCGCGCAGGUGACCACCGUGGUUUCGUCCCACAGCAUGGUGGGCACUGGUGGGAUUCAGAUGGGCGUCACGGGAGGACAACUCAUCAGCAGCUCUGGAGGAACCUAUCUCAUCGGCAAUUCCAUGGAGAACUCCGGUCACUCAGUGACCCAUACCACUCGGGCCUCCCCAGCGACAAUUGAAAUGGCGAUUGAGACGCUGCAAAAGUCUGACGGUCUGUCCACUCACAGAAGCUCUCUCCUCAACAGCCAUCUCCAGUGGCUGUUGGACAAUUAUGAGACAGCAGAAGGAGUGAGCCUUCCCAGAAGCACGUUGUACAACCACUACCUACGACAUUGCCAGGAACACAAACUGGACCCAGUCAAUGCUGCUUCUUUUGGAAAACUAAUAAGGUCAAUUUUUAUGGGAUUACGAACCAGGAGAUUGGGAACUAGAGGAAACUCCAAGUACCAUUACUAUGGGAUUCGCGUCAAGCCAGAUUCCCCUCUGAAUCGUCUGCAGGAAGACAUGCAGUAUAUGGCUAUGAGGCAGCAGCCCAUGCAACAGAAACAAAGGUACAAGCCUAUGCAGAAGGUGGAUGGGGUUGCAGAUGGUUUCACAGGAAGUGGUCAACAGACCGGCACAUCUGUUGAACAGACUGUAAUAGCCCAAAGUCAACAUCAUCAGCAGUUUUUAGAUGCAUCCCGAGCACUUCCAGAGUUUGGAGAAGUUGAAAUCUCUUCUCUGCCAGAUGGUACUACCUUUGAGGAUAUCAAGUCACUGCAGAGUCUUUAUCGAGAGCACUGUGAGGCAAUAUUGGACGUUGUUGUGAAUCUUCAGUUUAGCCUGAUAGAAAAACUGUGGCAAACAUUCUGGCGCUAUUCUCCCUCGACUCCGACCGACGGCACUACCCUCACUGAAUCAAGCAAUCUGAGUGAAAUAGAAAGUCGACUUCCGAAAGCAAAGCUGAUAACUCUGUGCAAACAUGAGUCUAUCCUGAAAUGGAUGUGUAACUGUGACCAUGGGAUGUACCAGGCUUUGGUGGAGAUUCUCAUCCCCGACGUGCUUAGACCUAUUCCUAGUGCCUUGACCCAAGCCAUUCGAAAUUUUGCAAAAAGCCUUGAAGGUUGGCUUUCCAAUGCCAUGAACAAUAUCCCACAGAGAAUGAUACAAACCAAGGUUGCCGCUGUAAGUGCCUUUGCCCAGACUCUGCGAAGAUACACAUCGCUCAAUCACCUGGCCCAGGCAGCUCGUGCAGUGCUCCAGAACACUUCCCAGAUCAACCAGAUGCUCAAUGACCUCAACCGCGUCGACUUUGCCAAUGUCCAGGAGCAGGCGUCUUGGGUGUGCCAGUGUGAUGACAACAUGGUCCAGAGAUUAGAGACAGACUUCAAGAUGACCCUCCAGCAGCAGAGCACCCUGGAGCAGUGGGCCGCGUGGCUGGACAACGUGAUGAUGCAGGCGCUAAAACCCUACGAGGGAAGGCCCAGUUUUCCUAAAGCCGCCCGGCAAUUCCUGCUAAAAUGGUCUUUCUACAGCUCAAUGGUUAUUCGGGACUUAACCUUACGCAGUGCUGCUAGCUUCGGCUCCUUCCACCUGAUCCGUCUGCUCUACGAUGAGUACAUGUUCUACUUAGUAGAACAUCGUGUUGCUCAGGCAACAGGAGAGACACCCAUCGCGGUCAUGGGCGAGUUUGGUGAUUUAAAUGCUGUGUCUCCUGGAAAUCUGGAUAAAGACGAAGGCAGCGAAGUGGAAAGCGAAAUGGAUGAAGAACUGGAUGACUCUUCGGAACCCCAAGCCAAAAGAGAGAAGACCGAGCUGAACCAGGCGUUUCCGGUGGGCUGCAUGCAGCCGGUGCUGGAGAGCGGGGUGCAGCCCGGCCUCCUGAACCCCAUCCACAGCGAGCACAUCGUCACAAGUACUCAGACUAUCAGACAGUGCAGCGCCACCGGAAACACCUACACCGCGGUUUAAGGAAUAUUAAAGCGUAUUUUUCCAGCUAACAUUACCCCUGUUGAUAGAUUGGGCUUAAGUUGAAAAUUGAAUAAGCCUGAAGGUCGACUGUUGUCAAAUUCUAUCUGUGCUGAACAUUACCUUUUUGGAGUUGUGAAAUGGAAUGGGUGUAUGUAUUUUGCCAGGUCUUUCUUUCUUUGUUUUUGGGUUUUGUUUUGUUUUUUUUUUUAACGUUAAAAAAAAAAUCAUUUGCCUCUAAGUAAUAAGAAUUUUUUUUUUCUUCUUUAGUUUCAGGUGUCAAGAAGGAUUUUUACCACACUUAAUGCCAAUGUUUUUGUUUUCUUAUAAUUAAAAAGUAAUUUACAUUUUUGUAGCUUAAAAUAUUUUAUUGUUGAUCGUUAGUCUUGGUGUAUGAUUUCAUGUGUAAGUUUUUAAUUAGAUGCACUUCUGUGAAAUAUCAAAAGAAAGGAAUUUCUUUGAUUUACACUGGAGGCAUGCCCAUUUGCCGGCAGAUGCAUCAGAUUUGCUUUUGAAAGGUGCUUUGCAUUGGACAGAACCACAAGACAGGAUUUUGAUAACACUUUGGUACGGAGAGAGAAUACAGAGCAUUUUUAUGACAGUGCUAGAGGGUUGGGAAGGUCAUCUCUUUUUCUCGGGAGAAAAAUUGAGCUGUGCAUUUAUCCGUUCGGAGUAAAUGACAGAACUGCAAGAGAUUAUGCUAAUAUGUACAUAAUUUGUGUACAUAAUUAUUAAACCACAUUAAUGCAAGCUUCCGUUAAACAUUGAAUUUUAACCGUUAUUUGCAUACCAAUUCCUCUGUUUAAAGACUACUGAUUCUGUAUUUGGGACCACUGCACAGAUGCAUUCUGCUGUCGAGUGGGGCUGUUAUAGUUAGAUACUGAAGCUGAAAAAAAAUGACUUGACUUUUUUUUUUUUAAUUUUUUUUUUUUUUUUUUUUUAAGUGUACAUGCUACUUAUGCUGAGCUGGACAUACAGGAAACCAUUCCAUUUGGAUGACUUUCUUUUAUUCCAGGUCUUUUUCCUAAUAGUAGUUCAAUAUGCUGCUAUUAUAGAAGAAAAUUUAUAGAAUGCAAGGAAUGUAGCAACCUGCAUAUUGUGAUUUCCUUCAAAAAAUAUUUCCUGGUUUCUAAAGUAUGUGGAUUUAAAUUUUAAACAGAACCUGAAGGCAGUGUAACUGGCACACCACACUGUUGCUUAUCCCCAAUUCAGUAGGAUUUGGAUAGGUGGCCGGAUGGACCAGUGCCAUUGAAGAAUGUACAUCAGGGAUCAUCGUACCUCGGCUAUUACAUGGUGCCUUAAAACAGAACUGAAGCUACGGUUUAGUAAGGCUUAUUUUGUUCAUGUGAAUUCUCUUCAAUCCAUUUGACAAGGUGUACCUGUCACGUUCAGAUUCCUGGAGUGAGGACAGGUCACGUGUUCUUCAAAGGAAAUUUAGGGCAAGCAGAGCAAAACAAAAAGAGAAAAAAAAAAGAAAAGAAAAAAAAAUCAAUUCCCCUCUCCGAGUGACCACGAACGGACUUUUUUGUUCAUAGAGCUGAAUAUUACUUGAUUACGAAUCAGAUUGCUUAAGGGUGUGGAAUAGCAGACUAGUUUUAAUUACCAACUUGUCACAUAAAAUCAUACAUGUUUUAGGUCAUUUUUAUCUAGUUCUCGUUGAAGAAAGUUAACAAAAUAAGCAGGUACUUAUCGAAGUGCAUCUUUUCAGUCUAAAUGUGUUUUUUUGUUUGUUUGUUUGUUUACGUCUGUGUCUUGGUAUCUGUGUGUCCACAGCGCACACAAGUGCUGGUGGGCAGGGGUCAACUCAAAGUCAGGUGAGGUCCUAGACAGGAUACACCCAUCCCCAUUUGAAUUUACAUGAAAAGCCAAGGUUCUUUUAAGCACUCAAGUUAUUAACAGCAACAACACAACAACCACAAAAACCGGCACAUUGAUCCAGUUAAGUAGUUUUUAUAAAAAGCUGACCAGCAAAAAGAAAUGAAUACAUAAACAUGUAAAGCCAAAAAGAAAAAAAAAAAAGAGAGAGAGAGAGAAAGCACAAAAUGAUUUAUAGAUGAUUAAUGAGGCCUAUAUUAAUCUCAAGAUGUUUAUCUUUCCAGUUUUAUUGGGGUAGGGGUGGGAGGUUGGAAAGUAGAGGGUGAGCCAGUCUGUAAAGUUAAAAGUACCAAAUGGCUUAUUGGGUAGGGUGUUCUGGUUGCUCGAUUGCCUUAGGCCGUUCACAAAACUAAGAUCCACACAAUUUCUUAAGUAAACUUUAAAUGUUCUAGAUGUAAUUUUUUAAAUGGAUUCAAAUUUUGUAUGACUCAUCUCAUAUAUUUGCAAGCCUCCACUGGCAUUCUCCCAUCACCUCAUCCAAAUAUCAUUGAAAUGACUAGUUCCCUUUUUUUCCCUCCCCCCCAAAAAAGCGAUGAAUUUGCACCAUUACACACACAAAAAGGCAAACAAACAAAACAACUUCACUGCAAAGACCACAUAUCUAUUUCAUUGUGCAUUAGGGGACGUUUACAGGUAAAAUUAAAAUCACAAAAUGAAAAAGACACUCUUCAUUUCGACUCUCCUUUCUGAAAAGCUUCUUUGCUUUCCUCUCCCUGUCCACCAGCCCCAGAACUCCACUCUAUCUGUAUUGGACCAAAUGUAUUUGCUGGUUUCGCCUUGUUUAUUGAACGAUUUUCAAUGUAUUAAUUGUCACUGUUCACUGUUGGAUAUAUUUGUAUCCUUAGAGGAAUCUGAUAACAAUGGGCAAAUUUAGAGUGAUAGAAGGUAGGGAUUGGGGACCCUCCAGGAUUCAACAUUUCUUCCAAUUGUUCAUGGUUUGUUCUCCAUCAGGACAGAUUAGGAAUUAAUAAGUAGGACUGCAUUUCAGCUUGGCUCACUAGAAACCUCCAGAUCUCCUUUACGAACACAGGAACAUUCAUCUUUGACUAGGACAGAUAGUUCCAAACCAACAGACAAAAGAGCAUCUGCAGUGUGAGCUAUUUCCGGUGAUCUAUAGUCUACAGUAAGACAAGAACACCUCUACGGUCAGACACAGACAUCUCAACCACUCUCGAAUUUGAACUGUGAGAUAGAGGAGAGAAUCAAACCUCCUAAUUUGUGCAUUUGAGGCAAUUGGAACAAUCCCCUUUAUUGCAUUUAUUUGAUGUUUGGUUUUCAUUUGUUUCAUUCAUUGAAACUGUGACUUUUUCUAAGGAAGACGGAUUCUAAUACUCUCAGAGUAGAUUUAUUGACAAGUGACAAGUACACAUGGUAAGGACUUCUUAAUAUUUCUUGACAUUGUAACCAAACCCACUAGUCAUGAAAAGUACCUGCAUAGACCAAGUGCUACACUUUCAGCGCGGAAGAUGUAACGAAGGCAUGUUGGCUAUUUUUAAGUCUCUGAAAAGUUACUUCCGUAAAAUAGGAUUGAGUCUCGUGGGUAUGGUUUGAUCUUCACAUACAUACUUUGAGAAUCGUACCCAGAAGAUUUGCAUUCAUGAAGCCAGUGAACAAUGGGGUGAAAUGGGGGACCCACCUCCUUGGAACACAGGGCCCAAUUUUGAAUUUUUUCUUUGGCUCUCAAACGGCUGGUCACUUUUUCAGGAUUCUCAUCCAAACCAUGUUUGGACUGACUAUUUAAGUCUUACUGCCUUUUCAGAAAUCUGCUUUUUCCUUUUUGUGCUUUUUCUUGUACUGUAUAGCACGGUUCAUGCACCUCUCUUUAGAUGGUGUACUUUAAAAACAAAAGUAAAUUUUAGAAAACGGUUUUAACACUGCGUACCUGAAAUUAGUAGUGUGCAACACUGACUGCCUUCGCUUUGUAGCAGACGAGUCAAAACGAACACGUUCUCGCGGCAUCUGCUGUCAACGUCGUUCAGGAACGACCACGGUUUUCAUUGCUGUCGUCAUGAGCCUUGUUAUGUGAGCGCGCUCCCCAGAAGUGGUGAACGUGAUGCAUUUUCAAAUUAAAGAAAAAAUUCUUCAGAUGGUAUAUUUGAAAUGUCUAAAAUGAUGCUGUGCUUGAAACAUUAGUGUAAAAGGAAAAAAAAAAAGUGUGUCACUGUGAUGUUGGUCCUCCCCGUGUGGACUCAAGUAGAAAGUUUAAAAAAAAAAAAAAAGCUUUGGCAAGUCACCUUUCUGUACAAUUUGAGGCAGUGGUUAUAGACAACAGACUGACUUUUGGUAGAACCUUCCCUCCCCCAAAUUCUUGGUGAGAAAACACCAACUAUCAAAACAAGGAAAUCAGGACAAAUCAGAACUUCUGAUUUCGAUGGAGAGCACGGGAACAGGGGGGAGACGGGUGCACAUGCAGUACUACGGAAAUUGGGCUUGUCACUAGAUCAGAUCAACCUCCAUGUAGAUGGUUAGAGUAAAUCAAUGGAAUCCUAGUAUUUCUGCAAGUUUGGUGAUUUUAAAACAAAACAAAAACACAAAAAACUGGAAUAGAAGCAUUAUUCCAGUGCUUAGCUCUAGUAUUAGAAAACCCCUUGGAUGUAAUGCCUUGUAUUAACCCUUUGAGCAUUGUAAGAUAUACAAUGGGGGACAAAAGCCUUUCAGAUCAUUUAUUUAGACUUAGACCGGUAAAAUAUACUCUAUAUCCAAAUGUCUAAUUAUGCUGUUUUUUUAAAAGGGUGGGGGGGUAGGAAGAGAAAGUGUUUCCAUGCUGAACACUUGCAUUUUAUAUACAACUCUUAAUUUUCUUCUUCAAGAGGGCUUGAUAUAUUUAUUCCCAAAUAUUCACUGCCAUCUAAGUAAGUGUACUGUUUACAGAAAAAAAAUCGACUUUUCUAGCAUCACAUCAUGACUCUAGAAAAGGAGGACAGAUAACAUGGGCCUGUUGACCUAUGUCGAAACUGAUCUCUGCACAUUGAAAAGUACCUAGAUUGCCUUUAAAAGGUAUGAUAAAGAAAGGGUUACAUUUCUUUUUCUUUUUUAAAUUUUUAUUGUUUUUGUCCUUUCCCAAAACAAAACGAAAGAUCUCUUUUAUUUAGCUUUAGAAAGUACAGUUGUAAGCAAAGCCUUAGGAAGAAAUGAGUUCGAGUGGAUGAAGAAAAGUUGAACUCUUUGGGGGCAGGGAAGCUAUGUGGAGUUUGAUCGCUCACAAAAUAAUAUUGUUUGGGAAUUUCAGACAGGGCAUAAUUUUACCUAUGCUCCAAAACUUUAUGUCACAGUUUGUCAAAAACUCAGACGUAGGUAGAACAGAGAGCAAAGCAUUUCAUUCUCAGCUCAUCUGUCCGGAGAUGCCAUGACGACUGCUUCUGAUCUGGGCAAAUGUCAGUCUGCUUACACAGUUGCCGACUUGGUUCAAGGGACGCUCUGCGUGCCCUUGUCCCCUUUUUGUCCCCCACGUGCCGGAACAUGACAGCAGUGUCGUCUGCAGACGCGCUUGGCGCCGCCUGAGAGUGUAAACCUAUUCUGAUGUCUGGUGAAGGGACAUCCAUAGCAUAGUGCAAGUUUGCCGCAAAAACAUUGCUUUUCAGGCAGUGUAGGAAGUCCAACCAUGCAAAUUACUCAUGUGUUAACAUGCAAUACUCAAAGGGUUUUAAUUUAACUCUCUUCUUUUGAAUUCUUCAUGAUGAUUUACUGUAAAUGCUUCUCAGUUUGCAUGCUCUGAUCAUUGCUGCUAGUGAUUUUACGUGCCAGUAGACCUGAGUUUAGUUUACCAAUUUUACUUAAAUAGUAAAAGCCACUUACAAAGUGACUGCCUAGGAUUUUUUUUUCCUUUUGUUUGAAGUAAUUGGUAACACGUCUUAUUUUUAAGAAAUGUGUUUUGUCUCUUCUUUUAUUCGGUUCCGGUAUGUGAUUCUUUAUCUCUCCCCCCCCCCAACUUUCCUUUGUUUUUUAAAUAAAUUAUGAUGUUGGGAUUGGAAGCCCUGAGUAAUGAAAUCUUUUGGUAAGAAUUGUUAUGUAGCUCGAUCAUGAGGACAACAAAUCUCUGUUAGAAGAAUUCUGAUUCUGGGGGAGGAAGGGAAAAAUUGAAACUCCCAUUGACUGUUAAUAACCGAGUAAAUUUUUCCUUCAAUGAAUUAAUAGUUUUGAACGAAUGAUUGCCUUGUUUUAACCUGCUAACCACAAUUUUAAAUGACCCAAUAAAGGAGGUAUUGAAUUUUAUUCGUUUAAAAAGCAUCUUUUGUACCAAAGCAAAAUUUUUUUCGCUACUCAUCUCCAUCAUCAAUUGGGACCUAUGGUGGUGACCAAUGCGUUGGUUACAGAAACUUUAAGUGAGUGCCUUGAGAAAACUUGGAAAUUUGUGCCUGGGGUGGUAAACUUUUAAUUAGGUUUAAUUGUAGUGCUUACCAAUCAGUAAUUCCGCUAUCACUCAGGGCUUUCGUACCUUCUAGGUAAACUUCUUUCAUUGUGUUUUUUUAAAAUACUGUAUUUUUUUUUAAGUGCCAUCAUUUAAAUUUCACUUAGUAAGUGGCAGAUUACAUUAUUCAGUCCCACAAGCACAGAAACAUAGUAACACUAGGAGAUAUUUGAACAUUUAUUUUACAAUCGACUGAAUAUAUUAUGUAAAUGAGGUAAGCAACUUUUGUAGAGAUUGUAUGUGUGAGAUAAUGUAAUGUUCUUUUCCAGUUUUUGGACUACAGUUGAAUAAACUUUUUAAUUAUUUAAAAACAUCUUUACCGAAUAACAUGUGAUGGUUUUUUGUAUAAUGUAUUUGAUUUUGUAAAUACGUAUUUCCUGAUGUGAUUUUUGUGAGAAAUGCUAAAUCUUUUAGUAUAUCAUGUCCUCUCAAAAUUGGCAGGAGCUAAAUAAUAGUUUGUGGGCGAUUUGUAUUGUGUACUGUACAAUAACUGGGGAACUUUUAUAAUUAUAAAAAUAUAUAUUAACUUUUAGUGUGUUGUUUAAACAAAUGACUGGAACAUACUAAAGAUAUUAGUAGGAUUUUUCUGAAUAUUUCAGACUUGAACUCAGGCUAGCUUUCUUGUGUUUUUCAAAACAAAAUGGUGUCUUGUCUUUUAAAAUCAAUAAAUUUGUUUCCUUGUUACAAAUA